AAAACCCUACUCUUCUUCUACACCAGCGUAGGGGAGAAACCCUAGUCGGGGGAGAUCUAAGUUCCUUCACUCUCCGGGACUCCCGAGGAGGGGAGGGGCUUUCCAGCCCUAUCUCUGUUAUCGUGUCAAUUCGGGUUUCUUCGAUCGAUCGAGACCUUCUACGGGUGUCUUUCGAGUCGAGUCUCGCGAUUCCACCGAAGGUUUUUGCCUGUUCGGCUUCGUAUCGCAUGUCAUCAUGGUUGCUGUGACGAAGAUUAAGAUCAAAUGUCCUACCAUUCCUGGACCUCAGCCAUGCGAGUUUGGGAGGCAGCCGUCUGUUCACAAAGAAAGGGGUGAGAACAGAUCUGUUGAUUCUAAUGGCCAGUUAGACAUUGAGAAUGAACAGAAGUGUCUGGCUAGUUCUCUUGGCAAGAAAAAGUUUCUUGCUGCUGGAGAUUCGAGAGAGACAUUCUUUGUAAAGGGUGCUAAAAAGCGUGGACCAGAAGAAAUGAUGGAUGGUCUGCAAGAGAAGAGGCAGAAAAUGGAUCGUGCUAUGACACUUCAGUGUUCUGCUGUUCUUAAAGAAUUGAUGUCUGAUCGAUGGAUUUCUAUUUUUAGUAAACCAGUCGAUCCAGUAGCAUUGAAUAUUCCUGAUUACUUCUCAAUUAUAACUAGCCCCAUGGAUUUGGGUACAGUUAAAUGCAAGCUAGGCAACAAUACUUACCUGGAUAUUGAGGACUUUGCGGCUGAUAUCAGACUGACUUUUUCCAAUGCCAUGCUAUAUAAUCCCGCAAACAAUUGUGUUCACAAACUAGCCAAAAAAUUGAGCAAUAAGUUUGAGGCAAGAUGGAAAACUUUGAAAGGUGAAAAAUCUCGUGUUGGCGAGGGUAAAGUUUCAAGCAUGCGCAUGAAAGGAAACAAUGAGUUGAGACAGAAUAGUCUUAAAGCUCCCCUGUUGCACAGAAACACCUUGUGUGCAGAGGCAGCAGAAGCAGUGCACUGCAAACCAGUUCCCAGCUAUACAAGCAAUCGUUUGGGGAAAAAGUUAUCCAAAGGCAUCAAUAGUGGUGGUGAAAGACCUUGGGUCACUAUUAGUAACAAAACUGCAGUGGGCUCUGGUCCCAGCAAAUGCAGUACGUGUGGCAGCAUCAGCUGCCAAUGUAGCCUUAUCCAUGAUUCAAAUCAUGCAUCUUCAAGUGAUAUAACUUCAGAAAGAUCAAUGAGUGGAGACCAUCGUGCAUGCACUACUGAUGCUUCUCAGCUGGAUUGCCUAGCAAAAAGUACAUUAACAUCACAGAUGAGCAAGUCAGACCCAGAUUCUGAUGGGGCAAUGAGUGCCUUUGAUGAUGGACAUGGUUGUCUUAGCUCGGAACUCAAAAUUCCUGCAACUGAUGCUGCUGUUAGUGAAGGGUUAACAACUACUUUUGAUGUUCAAAUGUCUCCAUCAAAGGCUCUGCGUGCUGCAUUGCUAAAGACCCGUUUUGCAGACACAAUUCUGAAGGCUCAACAAAAGACUCUCCUUGAUCAUGGUGAUAAAGCUGAUCCAAUAAAGAUCCAGCAGGAGAAGGAACGAAUGGAAAGAAGGCAACGUGAAGAGAAGGCUAGGAUUGAAGCACAAAUCCAAGCUGCCAAAGCUGCCAUAGCUGCUGCAGAAUUGAAGGCAGAAAUGGAGUUGAAAAAGAAGCGUGAAAGAGACAGAGAAGCUGCUCGGAUUGCAUUGCAAAAGGUGGAAAAAACAGUGGAGUUUGAACAGAAUCUGGAGAUUUUGAAGGAACUCGAGAUGCUGAGUGGAUGUUCCUUGUCUACAUAUUGCCUCUACCAUAAAGGCAGGUCUCAUCAAACGGUAAGUGGAGCACUUGAAGGAACUGGCAUUGGGAAUCCAUUGCAGUUGGUGGGUUUGUCCAUUAAGGACGAAUAUCUGGAUGACGAGGAUGAAGAAGAGGCAACUAUGAAUGAAGAUGGAGAAGAGGGGGAAAUACUUUGAUGAAAACUGGAGUUUUGCUGUUGGGUUCCUUCCUGUUCUUUCAGUGCCUUGGUUAAUAACUUUGGGUAGAGGGAAAAAAACCAUAAUGCCUGUAAAUGAAAUGUUUUUGUAGGGAAGCGAGGAUUUUAUGAUCAGACAUACAUAUAUAAGAUUAAAAUUAUAGGGUCAGGACCUUCAGGUUUCCAAUCUUAUUUUUUUCAUCCCUCUAUUAUCGUUCCUUCUCAUAUUUCUUAUACAAUAAAUAUUUCUGUUCCUUUUUUGUUGUUUGAAUUGUGUUAAAUUGUAAUAUAAUCGAGACUUUGUA